AUGGCGCAGCGGGCCUUCCCGAACCCCUUCGCCGACUACAACAAGUCCCUGGCCGAAGCCUACUUCGACCCCGCCGGCCGGCUGACUCCUGAGUUCUCACAGCGCUUGAACAAUAAGAUUCGAGAGCUUCUGCAGCAAAUGGAGAGGGGCCUGAAGUCAGCAGACCGUCGGGAUGGCACUGCUUACACUGGCUGGACAGGUAUUGCUGUGCUUUACCUACAUCUCUAUGAAGUGUUCGGGGACCCUGCCUACCUCCAGAUGGCACACAGCUACGUAAAGCAAAGUCUCAACUGUCUGUCCAAGCGCUCCAUCACCUUCCUGUGUGGGGAUGCAGGCCCGCUGGCGGUGGCCGCUGUGGUGUACUACAAGAUGAACAAUGAGAAGCAGGCAGAUGAUUGCAUCACCCGGCUAAUUCACCUAAAUAAGGCUGACCCCCAUGCUCCAAAUGAAUUGCUCUAUGGACGAGUGGGCUACAUCUAUGCUCUUCUCUUUGUGAAUAGGAACUUUGGAGUAGAAAAGAUUCCUCAGCGCCAUAUUCAGCAGGUUUGUGAAACGGUCUUAACAUCUGGAGAAAACCUAGCUAGAAAGAGAAACUUCACAGCCAAGACUCCACUGAUGUACGAGUGGUACCAAGAAUAUUAUGUGGGGGCUGCUCACGGCCUGGCAGGGAUUUACUACUUCCUGAUGCAGCCCAGCCUUCAAGUGAGCAAUGCCAUGCUGCACAGCUUGGUCAAGCCCAGUGUAAACUACGUCUGCCAGCUGAAGUUCCCCUCUGGCAAUUACCCUCCUUGCGUGGGCGACUCUCGGGACCUGCUGGUCCACUGGUGCCACGGCGCCCCUGGGGUCAUCUACAUGCUCAUCCAGGCCCAUAAGGUAUUCAAAGAGGAACAGUAUCUCAACGACGCCUAUCAGUGUGCUGAUGUGAUCUGGCAGCACGGGCUGCUGAAGAAGGGGUAUGGGCUGUGCCAUGGCACUGCAGGCAAUGCCUACGCCUUCCUGGCACUGUACAACCUCACGCAGGAUGCCAAGUACCUGUACAGGGCCUGCAAGUUUGCCGAGUGGUGCUUAGAUUAUGGAGACCAUGGAUGCAGGACGCCGGACACCCCCUUCUCCCUCUUUGAAGGAAUGGCCGGGACCAUCUACUUCCUGGCCGACCUCCUCGUGCCCUCCAAAGCCCGGUUUCCCGCAUUUGAGCUCUGA